AUGGUGACUGCGGUUGAUAUUACGGCAGCUUCUUCUGCAUGGAUGAUAUAUACUUCGUGCGAAUCAGCCAGGCUUAAUUUCCCACACAUCAAACACGAGUAUGGAUACGGAGGCGGUGGUAGAAGCUUCAAGCCUCUUCAUCCCUCUGUUGAAGCAAAGCUCGAAGCGAUUUGUCAGAGCUUGAGAAAGACAGAGGAUGAUGAUGAUCUCCCCUGUUCUGAAACAGAGCUUUUCCCGCCGAAAGCAGAGUAUCAAGAGAGUGAAUUUGGGUUUUUGAGAGCUGAUGCGAAUUCGUUUUCCGAUGAGUCUCAGGUUGGAUCUUUGUCUCCGGAGUCAGGUAUUACCACUAUGUUCAUGGGUUUCUCGGAUUCUGAGUUUGAUGAGACUGGGAGUUUCGUGCUUGAGAAGUUUCCUUCUGUGGAAAUUGAUUGGGAUGCGUUUAGCAAGUUGUCUGAAUCUUAAGUGUCUGCCUUUAACCUCUGUGUCUGCUAUUAAGUGUCGUAUUAGUUAGCUAAU